CUCUCUCUCUCUCUCUCUCUCUCUCUCUCUCUCUCUCUCUCUCUCUCUCGUCAUGAAUGAAAGCCUCAUCCUCAGGUAUGCCUUCUAACCCUCAGCUGCGCUCCAGCGACCGUCAGCAUCCACAACUACAACCGACACCAGCACAUUCUCCCCGUGAUUCCCGGGUGGAUGGAACAGACACGUUAUAUUCCAGCAGAGAAAUCCGCCUCGUAGAAUAAGUGCGAACUUCGGCGAUUGAGAAGAAGUGAUUUAAAGAAAACCAGCCUCAGCCAUGGCGACAAUAGGGGAAUUUGACCCGCUCAACUCCACCGUACCUGCGACCAAGAUUGAAGUCACCGUUUCUUGCAGGAAUCUGUUAGACAUGGACACCUUCUCUAAGUCAGAUCCAGUGGUGGUGUUGUAUGUUCAAGGCCUGGGGACCAAGGAGUGGAGAGAGUUUGGCCGGACAGAAGUGAUUGAUAACACAUUGAACCCCGACUUUGUGAGGAAGUUUGUCCUUGAUUUCUUCUUUGAAGAGAAGCAGAACCUUCGCUUUGAUGUAUACAAUGUGGAUACCAGAAGCUCCAACCUCUCCAAACAUGACUUCCUGGGUCAGAUGUUCUGCACACUGGGAGAGAUCAUCGGCUCAACUGGCAGCAGACUGGAGAGGACGCUUUCGAUGACAUCAGAGCGGCGGUGAGGAUCUAUUUUCAGAUGUUGGGUGGGGAGAGGAAGAAGGCCCUGUGGCAUUUAGCGUGCGGAGGACAGGAUUAUGAGGGAAACCCACCUCAAGCAUCAAGUCACGACACACACUCUUCUGUUGAGCCAGAAAAAGCACAAAGAUGGUGAAAAACCAUUCAUCAAUAUAUCAAUAUCAAUUGCUUUGGUAAUGUACGCUAGUCUCAAGUUUUACAUGAAGUUGCACGGUUAUUGUUUCACUUACUACCAAUAAAGGCUUAUUAAAGGUGGAUUUCCAAGCACAAAUACACCAUACUUAUGCAUUUGAAAAGCCACUUUAUAUUUUAACAAAAUAAUCCACAUUCACUAAUAUGUCAAUCCCAGCAUGCAAUCUGUGCACUGUGGAAAGCAGAGAGGAAACAUUUUAAUGCAUAGCAGUAAGGAAAAGUAAUUAAAAUACGGAGGAGUUUUUGCUGAAGCAUGUUGUGCAGAAUGACUCGGCAUGUCAUGUAAUACGCAGCUCAGACAGAGAUACCAGAUCAGCACAUUUAAGUCACUGAAAAACACCUUCAUCCACUUUAACCACUUUAAUCUGAUUAUCUUUUGGAUUUUAUGUCACACUGAUUCCACAAAUUUGCAUGCUUACAGAUCAGUAAACAGAUCUUUAUGGCAGCUCUGAAAAUAUUUCCAUUAUUGCGAGCUCCUGUAAAGUCGGCUUCAAAUCUUGUAUAUUCCCUCAUGGCAAUAAUGGAGUACCAUCAUUUUAGCAUUUUGCUUCUACCUUCCUCAAACUUGCUUCAAAUAGUUCAGUCCGACAUUGAGGUCAGUUAUUUUAGCAGCAGCUAAUGUAGCCUAGAGUCUGUAUGAGACACCUCUCUCUAACUCCACAACCCCAAACUUUUUCACUUUUUAAAGUUUGUAGUCUUCAACCUCAACCGAUGACGAUUCAAGUAACAUCACUUUAGGACAUUUCUCAGACUGACAAAGCUCACAUAUGCAGAAAAAUCCAUGAAAACCUAAUCUUGAAUCUUAAAAAAGCAUUCCUAACUGUUACUUCUUCAAAGUUUUACAUUCAAGCUCAGCAAAUCUUCAUCAUCUGGACUGUGUGCGAGUGCUUUGAUCAUAUUUAAUUACAACACAAGACAAAAAACCCACAAAUGUCAUUUGAAUUUAAUCUAAAUGCUAAAUUCCUGAUGCUCACCCACUUCUUUUCCCCUCUUAAAACAAAUUAGGAGACGCAAACAUUCAGAAAUUUCUAUGUGUUGUAAAAUAUGUAUAACUCAUCUAACAUUGGCAUUGUUCAAGUUGAGUCACAUUAACAAUAUUUUUGUGAUCUGUUCGGAGGCAUUUAAAAAAUAAAUGUGCUGAAUUGCAAUUUUAAAAUUAAUUAUCAGAUGUUUUCAUGAUUUGGAAUCAUUUGUGUCUUGUCAAAGUCACUCAGGUCUUUAUUUCUCCUACAUACAUCACGCUGACUACAAGAACUAACUUCACCGUCCAAGUGAUCUCAGACGUUAACAUUCAUCGCUGUUGUGAUGACUUGAUCAAUGCUGUUGGCUUCAUCUGUCAAUGCUAAAAGAGUUAAAGUUAAAGCAAAGAUUUUUUAAAUAAAAGUUACGUAAACCUUUGAUAAUAAGCCCUAUGGAAUCAUUCCCACAAGUUUAACUUCGCUGUUAUUUUUACUAUUACCGUUCGCCUACAUUAGGAAAUGUUCAGAGAGACGUGACCUAGAAUGACUGAAUGGUCUCCACAGCAACCAGCAUCUGGGAGUCCAGCAGGAAAGUAGGUAUUUGUGAGCAUGGAAAUGAGGCAUGUUUCACUAUCCAUAACAAGCAAUUUUUAAAAUGUAGGUGGGGAAGACCAGGAGCAAAAUAUGGUGUUAUGGGGUUAAUGUAAUCCUGUUGUGCUAAUCUGUAUUUCUCUGUAGGUGUCAGCAUUUUUGGUUUAUGAAGGCGGGAUGCCAGGAAAAAAAAGUUUGUGACCCACAUAUCUACACUGUUUUAUAUUUAAAUGAAGGCAUGAAAUAUGAAGGCAGGUUAUUAAUCUGCCCAUCAGUGACUGUUGAGUCUCUAAAGCUGUGAUUUUAACAGAGCGAGUCUCUCAAUAAAUGAUGCAACACACAACCUACCACCUACCAGUUACCACCUCCGACCUACUGUAUGUGCAUACAGAUCAGAACAAGUCAUCUUUUGCCUCUUGAAGCAUUUCUUCCUUUUUUUUCUGUUUUAAAUGGUGCCACGCACAACUGGGGAUCCUCUGCUCUUCAACUAUUUCUCCUCCGCUGCCUCACACAUUACAAAUUCAGAUGGGUUUGAAUAUGGUAAGGAGCGAGCCUCGGCUGUCCCUGUGGUAUUUACAGUGCAGUGAAUCUGAAGUUCUCUCAGGAUAGCGGAGGAGGUUAGCCGGGUGUCUUCAGUCCCUCAGAACAGUAAUUGAUUUGCUCUCUGUCCUCCUGCAGAUAUGUUUUGACACUCCUUGAUUCCACUUUGGUCUUCAAAUGCAGGUUUUGACAAAGUAGUGCUCUUAAUCCCAGCUAAACCAAACACUUCAAACACUGCUGUAUAUUCAUCAGAGGUUUGACAAAAGAAUCACUAAUGAGCCGAGCACAUAUCAACUGGCACACUUUAUUAACUUGUGUGCUUAACGAGGGCUUCGCCUCUCAGAUGUAAAUCUCUUUCUAUUGGCAGCCCACCUGCCAUUAAAUAUUAAAAAGCCAUAUGUAAAUGGAUGCUUGAUGUUUCUCCCAUCCUGUGUGCCACUGAUACAGCAGACUGGCACGAGCCCAGCUCUUUGAUCAGUCCCUAUCGCUCCUGCCUGUUAACAGACCUUUGCAUUGAUUUGUCACUUCACUCCGUGGUACUUCACUGUUUUUUGCCCAGCCAGUGUUUAAACAUCAGUUCUGUUCAUCUGACAAGAACCUGACGAUUCCUGUCUCUGAAAGCUUCAGAUUCCAAUCUGAAAGUGACAUAAAAGCCUGUAGUUUUGCCUUUGAUAUGUUGGAUGAGUUUCCACAAAGCAGGAAGUUUGUGUUUUGAUCUGACUACUGCUUUAGUGUCCUCGUGCCCAUCUGAAUCGUAUUUAUUUUGCGUCAUUCAGACAGCAUGUUGCCAUGGAAAGGAGACUUGAGCUCCUGUGUGGGAGAUUCUGGGUGGUGAGGAUGUUGCUACUGCUAAGUCCUCCACCAGAGCUGUUCUUUGUAAUCAAGCAACUCACAAGGCCAUGAAAGUGAGAUGAGCUCUCAAUUACGUCCUCAGGGAGCCUUCGGAGCAGAGCAUGUGGGAAACUGAUUUGGGGACAGCGAUAAACCUUAAAAGAUAAAAUGAAACUAAAGGUUUCUUACCUCUCCACCUGAGUUAGAGCUUUUCUGUUCCUGGUGCUUUGUCUGCAGUGAAAGUGCAAAUUAAGGAAAUAAAACUGCCAGAGACAUCUAAAAGUAGAGUUUCAUGGUUGGGGAAAUAAGCUGUGGACUACAGAUGGGAGUCUGGAUGUUAAAUCCACCCACCUUCAGGUGACUCCAAUGUAGUUUCUAAAAGUUUCUUCUGAAAAUAAUACAGCAGCAACUACGAUGCACAUGAAGUCACUUAUAUUUUGUAGCAGCGUCAUUUCUAGAAAAAGGGGUUGAUCUAAAUAUUCUCUUCCUUCAAAAGCCAUUUCAAAACUUUUUUGUGUUGGUUGAUAUAAUGCAAAGGCCAAGUCAUUCGGUACUUUAUUGGAAAAAUCCUAGUGGCUACAACAAUGAUCUUCCCCUGCAAAGGCUUUUUUCCUCCACAGAUAGUAAAGACAAAACCCUCAUAGCUACUUUUAAAAUAUUUUUUGCUUUUUCACUAUUUUGGGAAAUCACUCUCAUUUGCGAGUAGUAAAAUAAUGUUGUUACAACUGGACUCCACAGUUGUAACAACAACAUGGAGACAACCACUGUACGGUGAAGAAAACAAAGGUUUUAUUGCCAAAUCAGUAAAUCCAUUCCAGCGUGGGGCUGGAGCUCCAAAGACACACCGCUCCUGUCAGCGAUCCCGUCUCGACUGGAAAGGACAGCGAUUAAAUGCAGCUGAGCCACUGAUUGCAGGUGUGGCUCAGUCAGGUGGCGACCCUCGGCUCCUGAUCAGGCACAUCUGGUGUUGAAGUGGAGGGUCGUCACAAUGUUCCAUGUUCAUCCACCCCCUUUACUCGACUUUAUCGCUUACAGAAAAAUCAUAUG